AUGGCGCAAGAAGAACAAGGCGAAGGCGAUAUAGAGAUGCAAGAAAUCCGAGAGGAAUCUGAUGGCAAUGGUAUUCGCGCCACCGUCGCAUUCCCUACUAUCAAGAAGGUCACGCGGGAAUCGCGAGCCCUCAACUCUGGUAGAUACGAACCACGCCAUGUGUGGAUCGGCCCGUACCACUACCCCCAAGAUUCCAUCUCCCAACUGUGCAGCAGAAUGGACGACAGGCGGAAAUAUCUCCACAUGUUCACAACAGUUGCUGCUAAUAAACCGCCAGAGGGAACAAAUGAUUUGGAAGACGCUUUGGUUGUGGAAAUUAGUAAACAGCUAACUACUACCUCCCCGGGGUACUACGACUACACGGACAACAGCUGCUGGAGCGGUGAUCGGGAGGACUUGGCACGGAUGCUCUUAUUUGAUGGGUGCUACCUCCUCACUGAGUACAAUCAGAUUCCGUUCUUCAUGCUUGAGGAGAUCUUCAAGCAGGUAACCGGAUGCACCACCGCCGAAUCUGCUCGCAGGGACAUCAUCAGCCGUGCGCAUCUCCUGUUGGAUAAGCAGAGGAUGUGCAUCAGCACAGACCACCCCGCCGCUCCCAAACUUCUGGACGGGCCUCAGACUGCUACUAUAUUCCAUCUCCUGCACCUGCUGCACAAAUUGUUGAAACCACAUAAUAAACCACCUGCAGGAUCGGAAUCCGAAUCCGAGAUGAGGAAGAGCAACAGAAGAGCACAAGGCCAGUGGCACCGGGCCACAGACUACCUGAAGUACGCCAACGUCGAGUUGAAGGGAAGAGAUCUUGGGGACGACGAUGACAACGACAGUGAUGUGCUCUCUGUGCUCGACGUGCGCAUCGAGGGACGCAACGUCGUUAUCCCUUGCCUGCGCGUCGACGGGGACACCUGGACGAUCCUGCUCAACCUGAUGGCGCUAGAGGGGCAGCACCCACGGCUGGGCACCUACGUCACGGCUUACUGUCUCUUCAUGUCGCAGAUAGCGUGCACGAAAGAGGAUGUGGAGCUCCUGGAGGCCAAAGGCGUCAUCGACAGACACCUAAGCACGCCGGAGAGUGUCGCGGCGGACUUCUCCAGACUCUGCGAUGCCGUCGUCUUGGACAGGAGCAACAGCAAAGCAAACUAUCUCAAGCCCCUCUGGCAGUAUCUGGACAAACGCUACACGAGUCGAUGGCAAAACGUUCUAGCAUGGCUCCGUCUGAAUUACUUAACUUGCAGGAAAGUAUCGGUUCUCCUCGGGGUUUUCUCAGCCUUGAUUCUUCUUGGCGCUGGAGUGCUCAGUGCAGUCUACCAAGUUUUCUCGUAUUAUCACCCGCAGAAUAUCGCACCGGCACCACACCACACGGGUAUAAACUAG